UAUUACCUGGCCCACAGGACGACGCUCGCUGUGGAGGAUUUGGCUGAUACAGUCGCGCUCACCUCGGACUCUGGGUCGAGAUUAGACGGUCUCUGGGGGGCGGGGAUUGAAAAUCUUCACACACACAAAAAUAGCUAAAAUAAAUAAAAAUACUUUUUUAUAUAUCAAGAAAUAGUUUUCAGGUGCAAAAGAUCUAUUAAUAUUUUCUUGAAUAGAACACAUCAGAAUAAGGAAUACUUCCCGACAUGAGAGUCGGUACAUUUUCAUUUUUUCUUACCGCCCUUGUGUUGCUAUGGAUACAUAUUAAACAGGCCACUGGUUUUGAACGAAUUACUUCAGGGCUUGCCGGAGUUGUCUGUGAAGAAGGCUUCAGAAAAUGUUCCAAAGGUCCACCGACCUGCAUAAACGAGAAAUGCCAGUGUCCCGAAGGUUAUAACGGCAAAGGAAAUUUUAUUUGUUUUCCUAAAGGCUAUUAUCACCUGUCCAUACUUAGUGACCCAUACUACCACACCUUGACUGGCGAUGCGGCCCACAUGUACUUCCCGUGUAGGUACCCAGUAGCACACUUCAUCACCUACUACCAGUCAAAGGUCGACAGUACUUGCCGUGUCCAGAUACACGCCUUCAACAAACUAGUCAGAGGCAAGUACUACAUCCACGGAUUUGACGUGGCCCUAAGUAUCACAGACUACACCCUUGGAAAGCGAUCUACAAGCGCCAUCUCCUAUAGGAAAACUGGCUCCGCUUGUAACGGAAGAUACACGUAUAUAGGGAAAGGAUCUUUAGGAUAUCGCCCAGACGGACCAUGGGACAAAUUCUACGAGCCACUUUCUCUAGACCUGCGGCAUGAAAUCGUGAGGCUGAGACACGACCCUGUCAACAACUUUGCUUAUUUAGAGGUCAAAUCUUGUGGAUUUAGAAUUGACUUCCGGGCCUAUGAUCGAUGUUCGGGUGUCCAGCAGUCGCAAGUUCCUGGUCUGGCAGUGUCCGUGAAAGAAAAUGCUGUGAAGAGUUGGUUGACAGGGGAUCACUUCGUCACAUUUGUACCUGGCUUUUCCCUGAAGGCGUACGCUGCGCAAGCGAGGAUGCCACCGGAACACGCACUGCUGUUGUCUGUCAUUGAGUCUAAAGUGGACCAAAAUCAGCCCGACGGAUCUCAGCAAUGCAAGGCCCUCUACGACAUCACCAAGAAGAAGAACCACCGACAGAAUUUGCCCGCCGCCUUUGAAGCCUGCUUCUUCAUGAUGUCUUCGCCCCUGUUCGUGCAUUGCUACGACGACGACCACCACGGGAACCGGUUGCUUCCCUUGUUUAGCAGGUGUGUGCGGUCGUUCCGGAACAAGAACCGGCUGAACUGUGAGGACAGUGACCAGAACAUUUGUCGCUGUGCCCAGCUGGUCAACAGGACGUCCAGCUACCACGAGUAUAACAGAAUCUGUUGCCGCAGUGCACGGAAAAGCUAACCGCGGACACUGGUUGCAUCCCUUUGGUGAAAUAAACACACAUUUAAUUAUA